CGGUGGGGCUCGCGGUCCAGGCGACUGGCGGGGGGGUGUUUGUCUCCCUCUAUCGUUAUCGAAAUUUACUAAAAACAUUUAUAACCCAGAAGUUAGAGCUUCUGUUAAACGUAUUAGUGUAUUUGGACUGCUAUUGGUUCGUUUUAAGGCAUAGGUGGCUUUAUAAACGCCUUAAUGUUUAGUGGCUUGUUUAGGCCAGGCGUCCAUCUUCUCGUGUCCUUUGUUUCCUCUUUUGAGAAGAGAACCUGCGUCUCCGGGUUCUAGAACGAAAGCUUAACAUUGAGUUUAAACUUUGUGUCGAUGUAUACGUUGUAUCAAUGUAACAUCCUUAAUGUGUCCAAUCACUCAUGGUGCAACACUUCGGAAGAAAAAAAUGUAAUCAAUAAAUCUCUUCUGUAGUAUUUCAGAUUUACUACAUGGGUAGUUAUUUUAGUCGAUGUUCUACAACAAUCCUUUGGUUCUAAUAUAUCAACACUAAUUGUAAAAUACUUUCUAUGGAUUCAAGCUAUUUUACGGCUUCACAAAAUGGGGCUCUAGUUAAGUUGGCUCGGUAACUAGGUAACGUUUCACAAAGGUUCCCGAGAGUAAACACGGAAGGAGGGAAUGUAGAGUCAUCUCUUAAUAUGUAGCCCAAAUAUGUCCGCGAGCACGGAGAGUAGAUUUCUUCUUCAGAAGCUAUCAUCGGCACCACGUCCCAUCGCGCCAGCCUGGUCCGCCUACAGCCGCCUUUCGAUUUAAAACUUGUCAUGAGAGCUCGAGCUCCCUCUAUAACCCGCACGGUAAUGUUACAAAAACAACAGCUAUACCGGGGCAAGACACAUGAGGGUGAACAGGGUCGUUUCUAUGGAGGGUGAAGGCGUUUCCAUUGAGACCGCUCAGGUCGAAGGUCUCCAGGACAGUGGGGAGGGAGCAGAGCUGCUCCAGACUGCAGAGGCUUCCCUGAUGGAGGGGGGUGUGGCACCCCAAGAGGUGACGGGGAAUGUUGAAAUGAUGGUGAUGGACACCCUGGACUCGACCCUUGACCCUGCCCUGCUACAGAUGAAGACUGAGGUCCUUGAAGGGGGCGGAACAGUGACGGUCACCGGGGGAGACGAGGGACAGAUCAUCACCCUGCAGGUGGUGAACAUGGAGGGGAACAUGGAUCAGACGAGUGCAGCGCUGGGGCUUGGACAGCUGCAGCUGGUGCAGGUCCCUGUCACUACAGCCACCGUGGAAGAGCUCCAGGCCAGCUUCGUUGACGCCUCAGCAGGAAAUACUGAGGCAGAGCCAGUGAUCUGCCACACCCUCCCUCUGCCCGAGGGCUUCCAGGUGGUGAAGGUGGGGGCGAAUGGAGAGGUGGAGACAGUUGAGCAGGAAGAACUGCAGGCAGCCCAGGAUGAGCUCCAGGUGAUCCAUGGGGAGGAGGAGGAGGAGGAGGAAGCUGAGCCCCAAGUAGAGGACCAGACAUGGUCAAAAGACCCAGAUUACCAACCAACUGCUGGCAUCCGCAAGGGGAAGAAGGGCAAGAAGAGCCGCCUGCGUUAUGGGGAGGGGGAGCGAGACAUGGACGUGUCUGUGUAUGACUUUGAGGAGGAGCAGCAGGAGGGGAUGCUCUCUGAGGUCAAUGCUGAGAAGGUUGUGGGCAACAUGAAGCCGCCCAAACCCACUAAGAUAAAAAAGAAAGGUGUGAAGAAGACGUUCCAGUGUGAGCUGUGUAGCUACACCUGCCCCCGGCGCUCUAACCUGGACCGCCACAUGAAGAGCCACACAGAUGAGAGGCCACACAAAUGCCAUCUGUGUGGGAGGGCCUUCAGAACUGUCACACUGCUGAGGAACCACCUCAACACACACACAGGCACUCGUCCUCAUAAAUGCCAAGAUUGUGACAUGGCAUUUGUGACCAGUGGAGAGCUGGUGCGUCAUCGUCGCUACAAACACACAUUCGAGAAACCCUUCAAGUGCUCCAUGUGUGACUACGCUAGUGUGGAGGUGAGUAAGCUGAAGAGACACAUCCGCUCCCAUACAGGCGAGAGGCCCUUCCAGUGCAGUCUGUGCAGCUACGCCAGCCGAGAUACCUACAAACUGAAGAGACACAUGAGGACACACUCAGGUGAGAAGCCAUAUGAGUGCUACAUCUGCCAUGCUCGUUUCACGCAGAGCGGCACCAUGAAGAUGCACAUCCUGCAGAAGCACACAGAGAAUGUGGCCAAAUUCCACUGCCCCCACUGUGACACAGUCAUCGCCCGCAAGAGCGACCUGGGUGUGCACUUGCGGAAGCAGCAUUCGUUCAUGGAGAUGGGCAGGAAGUGUCGUUACUGUGACGCUAUGUUCCACGAGCGUUACGCACUCAUCCAGCACCAGAAAUCCCACAAGAACGAGAAGCGCUUCAAGUGCGACCAGUGUGACUAUUGCUGCAGACAGGAGCGUCACAUGAUCAUGCACAGACGCACACACACAGGGGAGAAGCCGUACGCCUGCAGCCAAUGUGAGAAAACUUUCCGGCAGAAGCAGCUGCUGGACAUGCAUUUCAAACGUUACCAUGACCCCAACUUCAUCCCCACUGCCUUCGUCUGCAGCAAGUGUGGCAAGACCUUUACUCGCAGGAACACCAUGCUACGUCACGCAGAGAACUGUAACGGAGAGAACACCGGCGAUGAGAACGGAACCCCACCCAAGAAAGGCCGCCGCGGCAGGAAGAGGAAGAUGCGCUCCAGACGGGAUGACGACGAUGACGACACCGAGCCUGAGCUGGAUGACAUUGAGGAAGAGGAGGAGGAGCUGCUAGCUGAGAUUGAGGUGGAGCAGGCACCACCGGUUGUCCCUGUCCCUGCCCCUGUUGGCCCGCCAGCCAAGAGGAAACGUGGAAGACCUCCCAAGGCCAAACCUGCCCCAACGGCGGCAAUCAUCCGGGUGGAGGAUGAGACCACAGGCGAGGUGGAUGACAUCAUCGUGAAGAAAGAGAUGAAAGCCGAGCAGGCGAGCCAGGAGGAAGAAGCUGUCGAGGAUGAGGAGCCAGCAGUAGAGGUGGAGCAUGCCAAAGGAGAACCUGCCAAUCAGGUAGAAGAGUCACUCCAGGGGGAGGAGGUGGUGCAGGAAAUGGCACUGUCUGUCACAGAGGGUCCCCCCAACGGUGACCUCACUCCUGAAAUGAUUCUCAGUAUGAUGGACCGGUGAUGAAGACGAAGUCUCUGUCUACAUCUAACAAUACAAAGUGUCCCCUAUCUGUACACUAACAUACACCCCAUUGUACCCACUAUCAAACAUACACGUAUACCACACAUGCACACCCCAGUUAUAACCUGAGAUCUUUCUCUGAUGUUGAUGAUGCAUUCUAUUUUUUUAAGAGCUUAUUUUUCUCUCUUGCGAUCUCUAUCUACAUCCUACUGCGAAACCCCUGACACCCUCAUGUUGAAUUAUGUUUGUAUACAGUAUCUGGAUAACAUUAUGCAGACUGUUGUCACUGGAAAAGAUGUAAGGAGAGGGAGGUGGUUUACAUCAUGAUGUCUUAUGUCAAAUCAUGUGCUCAUUCUGCUAUCAAUUAUGUUCUAUAGGCCCUCCAGAAUGCCUUCUCUGUUGCAUAUUUUGGCCCACAUUUGAUCUUUUCAUGUUGGCCCUCUUGUGCUCUGUCUGUCUGAAAACAAUUAUCAUGUGCUUUCACCCAUGGAAUUAGCUGUUCGGGGGUCAAAGGUUAGGGGGGUAGGAGGACCUGAAAUAUUCUGCUUUUACAAAAUGUGAUGCUGUUUUCAAAUGAAACAUAAUACCUUGCUCUUGUUAAUUAAAGCUUUUAGAAUGUAUUUGUUUUUUGGUUUAAUGCUUUUUUCUUUUGUACCAUCGAAAUUAAAUGCUAGGGGGCUUGAAUGGCAAGAUAUGAUUGGAGGGGUGGGAGAAUGUUUGACUGUGCAGCCAAUAAUACAAAUAAAAAAAGCUCAACCUA